AUGGAUGAAUACGACUGGAGGUCAAUUGAUGUGGAUCAGUAUGAUCCGGAAAAGCAGUUUGUUCCAGAUGAUCUCGGACUACCAAAAUACACAUUAGAGGAUAUACAACCAUCAAUUCAACUAAUGAGGCAAUGCACCGCAUCAGGAGACACAAUACAAGGAAUAAAGGCAGCAGUUCAAAGCCCACCGUAUGGAGCGGCUAAUGAGGUGAAAUCGGCAUAUCUUCAGGCAGCAUUAGAUGUUUUAAGUACGUCAAAACAAUCAACUGCAAGUAGUGUUAUUUCAAAGUUGUCUCAGGAUGAACAAGAUGUAUUGGUGAAGCUUGUUUUUGCCCUCAUGGAUACAAAAGCAGGACAAAAGGUGGGUGGCUCGCUUUUAGGCUGGCUAAACAAGGUUGUGGAAGCUUCUGGAGAGGGAAGUUUGGUGAGAUAUUUAUCUGACCCAUAUAAACUAUAA